AUGCCUCACGCAGACGGCAACCAACCCGGCGCCGACGGCGGUAAAGUAAGAAUCGCAAUCAUUGGCGGAGGUAUCGUGGGCGUAGUCACCGCCCUAGGCCUCCUCAAGCGUGACAUGGACGUGCAGUUGUACGAACAAGCACGGAGUUUCCGAGAAAUAGGCCCCGGCCUCACCUUCAGCGCUAACGCCCAGAGGUGCAUGGAGAUGCUGGACCCGAACGUUCUAGCUGCUAUGAAGGCUGUGUCCACCAAGAAUGAGAGCCUUUACUACAACUACGUGGACGGUUACCACCGCGCGAGCGACGACCCGAGCGACAUGCGCGAAGAGCAGCUGUUCCAGCUCUUUGCGGGAGAGACGGGUUUCGACGCAUGCCAUCGAGCCCACUUCCUCGAUGAGCUCACCAAGUUCGUACCUCCAGGCAUCGUACAAUUCCAGAAGCGACUCGACACUGCAGACGUAGUGAUCGGAUGCGACGGCAUUAGGUCGCGCGUGCGGGAGCUGCUCCUGGGCAAGGACAACCCAGCCUCGUCGCCGCGAUACGCGCACCAGGUGGCCUUCCGUGGGCUGAUCCAGAUGGACAAGGCGGUGGCGGCGCUGGGCCACGAUAAGGCACACAACCAGUGCAUGCACAUGGGGCCGCGGGGCCACGUGCUCAACUUCCCCGUCGCGCAGCACACGCUCAUGAACGUCGUCGUGUUCGCCGACGAUGACGACGAGUGGCGCCACGAGAAGCUGACGGCCCCCGCCUCCAAGGACGAGGUCGUCCGCCACUUCCGCGACUGGGGCCCCGCCGUCCGCGCCAUCGCCGGCCUCCUCGACGACAACCUCGACAAGUGGGCCAUCUUCGACACCUACGAGCACCCGGCGCCGGCGAUAGCGACGCUGCGAGUAGCGAGCACUACGAGCAAGGACACCGUCUUGAGCGCUGCCCUCUCCGCGUACGAUACCGCGCGGCACGAGCGCGGCCAGUGGUUGGUGCGGAGCUCGCGCGAAGUGUCGCGGACCUACGAGUGGGCGAAUCCGGACUGCGGGAGCGACCCGGUGAAGUGCCUGAAGGGUAUCGAGCGGCGCGCCCACAAGAUCUGGUACUUAGAUAUCGAGGGUAUGUUGCGUGAUGUUCGCGAGGAGUACGAUAGGCUGGUGCUAGCUUCCGGUAGAUCAUGA